CAGAGAAUGGGAGGCAAAGGAGAAAGCAAAUGUCAUCGAAAGGGAAAGACGAAGAGGCCUGUGAAACGCGAAGAAAAUCCACCUCAUCGGCGCUUUAAAUGUCAGCUGGCCCAAAGGCAAAAGUCCCGGACCUCUCAAAGCCUGUCAAACAAAUCAUCGUGUCGAGCUGAACAGAACGUCCGGAAUACGGCAACGCGAGUGAAAUUGUGUAAAUCUCUAGACCCAAAAACCAAUCGAAAGUUCUUCACUGCUUACUUCUCGCUUCUUUGCUUGGUUAGGAUACCCGAAUAUCUAUAUUGACUCUAGUGACUCGAGAAUGGAAAGAUUUGGUAUUCCGCGUGGUAAGCGUCCCCGAGUGCAAGUAUCAUUGGACGACAAGGAGCGAGCCAUAGCCCGAAUCCGGGGUGGUGAAACCAAGGCCGGAAUAUCCCGCGAAUUGGGUGUUCCGGAGUCCACGGUUCGCGGUUGGGUGAAACGAGCUGAGCAGCGGAUGACCCGAGACACAGUUAGCCAAACGGGUUCUGCCAACUAUCCCUCAAUCCUGGCCAUGACCCUGGCCAAACCGCAAGUAACCAUCAGCACGAAAUCGUCGGCAUCGUCUGUGAUUUCCAAAUCAUCAUACUCAUCGCCACCGCUGGAUUUGAAACCCCUGAAACGGCCGCAGAAACGAAACAUUAAUGGUCAUCCGGUAACACGCUCCCAGGAUUCAGUCGAGGAUUCAGCAGCUACAUCCAUCCCCAUCCCCGUUCCCAUUCCGAUGCCCCUUCCUGUGCCGACAAUGGUUUCGCCUGACAGUGAGCAACAGAUGAGCGCUUGGUUGCAUAUAUUCAAUGCUGGAAUUCUGAACUUCACUCUGAUUGCCUCCGCUGCAGUGCUUCAGGCUCGCUCGCGUGGUUUGUCGGAUCGCCUGCCGUUGUGGGAAAUUAUCACGGAUUUUGUUGAUGAAGCCGAACGUAAUGUGAAUGCAAACGGGGGUCGGUACCUCGAGGGACAGCCGGCGACAGGACACGCGAGUUCCAGGCAACGCCCAGUGCGAGUGCCCACGAAGGUGCAUUCGUAUCGCAGGAACUUCAAGGCACCACCGGCUCAUAUUACCGCCGAAGAUGACGAAGACUCCUACACGGACGCCGAUGUGCCACUCUGAUCUCACAUGGAAUGCUCUGGGAGCGCACUCUCUGGACAAGAAGGAUUAGAAGAAGCUAUUAGCAUAUACAUAAGAUAUUUAUUCCUUUUUUUAAAAUGAGAAUAAAUACUCU